AUGUCGUCCAUGGCCGACGACGGCGAGCGGCUCGAGCUCCUCCACGGCGACCUCGACCUGACCAUCCACGAGGCGUGCGGCCUCCCCAACAUGGACAUCCUCUCAACCAUCCUCCGCCGACUCUGCAUCCGGCCCCGCCGCCUCCCCAGCCGCAACAUCGACGCCGACACCGACGCCGACAGCCCCGUCCGCCGCCGCCGCCGCCGCCAAAAGCCUCGCGGCCACCACAGCAUCGUCCCGACCUCCGACCCCUACGCCCUCGUCGCGGUGUCGCGGCCGGACGUCCCGGACACCACGAUCGCGCGCACCUACGUCGUCCGCAACUCCGAGGCCCCGGACUGGUCGGCGCGCAUACGCAUCCCCCUCGCGCACGAGGCCUCCCGCCUCGUCCUCCAGGUCAGGGACUCGGACCCCUUCGGCUCCGACCUCAUCGGAGCCGCCUACCUCCCGGCCGCCGCACUCCUCGAUGGCAAGCCCAUCGUGGACGCCUGGCUCCCACUGCUCCGCCCCGACGGCCGCGGCCCUCCGAAACCCAACUCCGCCAUCCGCGUCUCCCUCACCUUCACCCCCGCAUCGUCGUCGUCCUCCCGGCGCCACCGCUUCGGCGGCGUGCCGGCGUACUUCCCGGCGCGGCGUGGGUGCGAGCUGAAGCUGUACCAGGACGCGCACGUGCCGGUGGGUGCGCCGUGCUCAAACUGGUGUACGUGGCGGGGUGGGCGGUGGGCGCGAGGGUGA